AUGCUAACGCCAGACAAACCCGAAGCCAACUCUCAGGCCACUCGGCGGUCUCCGACUCCUUCCGAAGUGGGUUCGGAGACGGCCGAGAGGCCUUCCCAUAGUAAACUACCAUCUGCGGACAAGUCCGAUCCUCCAAACAACAAACAUAAAAUCCAGCCUAGUGAAAUGACUGAGGCUUUUGCUCACAGGAAGGGUACCGCUCCUGGUCCGGAUAAAUUCAAUUAUCUUUUCUUCCAAAAUAUGCCUGAAGCUACCCUCAGACUUUUCCUGGAACUUUAUAAUAAAGCCUGGAAACAGGGUUAUCUCCCCCUAGCAUGGAAACAUGCUGAGGUUGUCAGCCUCCCCAAGAAAGGGAAAGAUUUAACUAAUCCAUCUAACUACCGUCCCAUCUCUCUAACAUCCAGUGUUUGCAAAACCAUGGAGGCCAUGGUUAAUUCCAGACUCAGCUAUCACCUAGAAAUCAACCCUAGACCAACUAUUGAAUGUAAUGCCGACAGUAGCUUUGUGGCCGAUUACUUUAAAGAUCACGUGGUAGUUAAACUGGAGAAACCCGGAUGGAGAGACGACAAACAGGGUGUCACAAUAACACAAGUUGGGGGACCAGAAUCCGGUAGCAAAUUUUACGAAGGGAGACACACAAUAACAUACAAGGCUACAGAUGCACAAGGAGCAACUGAUUACUGUGUGGAAUAUGUAAAUAUUAAAGUCAUUAAAUGCAAAAGUCUUGGGACUCCUAAUCACGGAAGUAAAAGCUGUGACAACGAUAACAAUAUUUAUGGUACUGACUGUGAAUUCUCCUGUGACACGGGCUACAAACUUAGAGGCUACGAAAAGUCUUCUUGUCAACGCAGCGGUAACUUUGACCAUUCCACGCCUACCUGCAACAUCGUCCAUUGCAAUGUCCUCACAACACCUUCUCACGGAUCUAAAUACUGUGACAAUAAACAGAACGUUUACGGUACUGAGUGUACAUUCAGUUGUGACAAGGGUUUCGAACUCAGUGGCUACAGAACGUCAACGUGUCAGAGUAGUGGAUCAUACAGCCAUGCUACGCCAUCGUGCAAAAGAGUGAGGUGUCCAUUGCUUUCAACCCCAGCACACAGUACGGGGUUUAGCUGUACUAACAGGAGGUACUACGGUAGUGUCUGUUCGCUGGAGUGUGAGGCGGGCUACUCGCCGGAGCUGGGAUUGUACACCUUGUGUCAAGACACGAAGCGAUGGAGCGCCACGGAGUUUUUAUGCAAACCCAAUCGAUGCAGCAGUCUGAUGACACCACCUUUCGGAACUAAAAAGUGCAACGAAAACCAGAACGAAUACGGUACCGAAUGCACGUUCAGUUGUAACGAAGGAUUUGUACUUGACGGCUAUGAAAAGUCGAAAUGUCUGCAUAAUGGGUCUUACACCCACCCCACACCAAAGUGCCACAGAAUAGCGUGUUCUGCUCUAGAGCUUCCUGAACACGGAGCUGGGUUCAAAUGUACCAACAGUUGGUUGUUUGGCAGUGUGUGCUCCCUCGAAUGUGAGACAGGGUACACAGCAGUCGGUGAAUCUCACAUCAUGUGUGACCUCAACAGAACGUGGACCAAGUCUGACGUUUCUUGUCGAGGUACUCAGUGCAACAUCUUGUCGACGCCGUCUCACGGAAGCAAACGGUGUAACAGCCACCAGAACAUUUACGGUACUGAGUGUAUGUUCACCUGUGAGAAGGGAUUCGAACUCAGUGGUCACAAUACGUCUUCGUGUUUGAACAAUGGGUCAUAUAGUCAUCCCACACCAACGUGCAACAGAAUUUCGUGUCCAGAACUAGAAACCCCAGAACAUGGCACUAAUUUUAAAUGUACGGAUGGAAGCAACUUCGGCAGCAUAUGUUACCUCAAUUGUGAGCGUGGCUAUGCCACAGCACAUGGGUUGUAUGGGAUCUGUCAGUACAACAAGCGAUGGAGCACCGAGGACUUCGUGUGUAAAGCUAUUCAGUGCAGCAAUCUUGUGACGCCCCCUCACGGAACCAAAUACUGCGACAAACAACAGAACGUUUACGGUACAGAGUGCACAUUCGGCUGUGACAAGGGAUUCAGACUUGAUGAUCACCACAAGUCUGUAUGUCAGAGUAAUGGGUCGUACAGCCACCCCACACCAAAGUGUAACCGUAAGUAA